AUGAGAGAAGGUAUUAAAAAGAAAGCAGCUGCUCAUAAUAGAAAACAAAAUAAAUUAGCUAAAAAAGAUGUUACAUGGAAAAGUAAACAGAAAAAAGAUCCUGGUAUUCCAGCUUCAUUCCCUUAUAAAGAUAGAAUUGUCUCAGAAAUUGAAGAAUCUAAAAGAGCUCAUGCUGAGGAAAAAUUACGUAGAAAAGCUGAAAGAAAAGCUCAAUUAGCUGCAGCUGGUGAAAAUCCAGAUUUAGUUGAUGAUGAAGAAGAUGAUGAAGAAGAAUCAAACCCAUUAGGUGCUCUUUUGGAAAGUGCUCAACAAGCUGCUAAAGAAUAUAAUGGUGAAGAUUCAGAUGAAGAUCUUGAUGAUGAAGAUGAAAGUGAUUUAGAAAUUGUUGAAUAUGAUUUAAGUGAAGAUGAAGAUGAAGAUAGUGAAUUAGAUAAAUCAAGAAAAGCAUAUGAUAAGAUUUUCAAAUCUGUGGUUGAAGCUUCAGAUGUUGUCUUGUAUGUUUUAGAUGCAAGAGAUCCAGAAGGUACAAGAUCUAAAAAAGUUGAACAAGCAGUUUUACAAAGUCAAGGUAAAAGAUUAAUAUUAUUAUUAAAUAAAGUCGAUUUGAUUCCAAAUGAUGUUUUAAACAAAUGGUUAGAUUUCUUAAAAUCAAGUUUCCCAACUAUUCCAAUUAGAGCUGCUCCAGGUGCAACAAAUUCUAACUCUUACAAUAAGACAUUAUCACAAACUACAACUGCUAAUAAUUUAUUAACUGCAUUAAAAUCAUAUGCAGCAAAAUCUAACUUGAAAAGAUCAAUCAUUACAGGUGUUAUUGGUUAUCCAAAUGUUGGUAAAUCAUCAAUUAUUAAUGCAUUAACUUCACGCCAUGGUGGUUCAUCAAAAGCUUGUCCAACAGGUAAUCAAGCAGGUGUUACAACAUCACUUAGAGAAGUUAAAAUAGAUGGUAAAUUGAAAAUUUUAGAUUCUCCAGGUAUAGUAUUCCCAGCUGAAUCCAAGAAAAAAUCAAGAAUUGAACAAGAAGCUCACUUAGCAUUAUUAAGUGCAUUACCACCUAAAAACAUUACAGAUCCAUAUCCAGCUAUUGUUUUAUUAUUGAAAAAAUUAUCAAAAUCACAAGAAAUGAUUGAUCAUUUCAAAACAUUUUAUCAAUUACCACCAUUACCAAAUUCAGAUGUUAAUGAAUUUGCAAAACAAGUUUUAAUUCAUGUUGCACGUAAAAGAGGUAGAUUAGGUAAAGGUGGUAUUCCAAAUUUAAGUAGUGCCGGGUUAAGUAUCUUAAAUGAUUGGAGAGAUGGUAAAUUAAUUGGUUGGACAUUACCAAAAUCUUCUAAAGAAACAGCUAAUGAUCAUUUACCAAAAACUGCAGCUGCUGGUAAUAAACCAAGUGAAUCAGUUGAACAAACCACUAUUGUUUCUCAAUGGUCUAAAGAAUUUGAUCUUGAUGGAUUAUUUGCAUCUAUUGAUAAUCAAAAUGAUGAUGCUAUGGAAGAAUAA